CGGAGCCGCCGCACGGGACAGAACCAUGUCAGGAGCGCUGAGGAGGAGGAGGAUCGACACCAAGACGGAGGCGCAGAAGUGCGCGGCGCGCCUGUGGAGGCUGGUGCCGCACCUCCUGCUCUGCCUGUCCCUGGUCGCGUACGCGGCUCUGGGCGCGCUGAUGUUCCGGCACAUCGAAGGAGGGAGUGCGUCCAGCACCGAGCACGAGUUCCGCACGUUCCUGGGAGAAGUCGUCAGCAGCGUCCAGAACGUGACCGGGACGGGCUCGUACACGCACCAGGACGUCGUGCUGCAAGUGGAGACUAAAAUGCGCACAGAGUUCAAGUCCAUCUGGCUUCAGAGUCCUGACAGAUGGACCUUUUUUGGCUCCAUGUUCUUCUGCUGCACAGUCUUCACCACUGUGGGUUAUGGGGAGAUCUAUCCAGUUACCCUGGCUGGUAAAGUGAUGUGUGUCUUCUAUGCCAUGGUGGGCAUCCCUCUCAUGCUUCUGGUGAUCCUCGAUGUUGGAGACUUCCUUGCUAUGCUCAUGUCCAAAUGCUAUGCUCGCAUUCAUGCCUUCUGCAGAGAUCUGUGCUCACAUACCUGGUCACCAACGAAGCCCCAGGGCAGGGCGGGUGCCUUAAACCAAUGGACCCUGGAGGAUGGAACCUUUGUUUACAGCCACGACAUUGUGGUUCGUGAACCUAUUGAUAUUCUGCAGGUGAUGCACAGCCAGGCGGAUGUGAGGCACAAGUCCAUCCAACUCCAAAACAACAAAGAGAUUUUUGAGAAGAUUAUAGCCAGGGAUAAUUUACUGAGAAAAGGCCCACUGCUCAGGAGUCUGUCAUGCCCAGAGCUGAAUCGCUUGCCACCACCACCCAAAGGACACCCCAUAUGGGACUUCACAGGAUUGGGGGAUAGUAUGGAAAUGCUGGAUGUGCCCUUCGUGCUGAUUCUUUUCAUUGUGUUUACCUACAUUUUCUCUGUUGGUAUGAUUUUACCUUUAUGGGAAAAGGAAUUCAAGGGAUUUGACCCUUAUUACUUCUGCUUCAUCACGCUCACAACCAUUGGUUUUGGAGAUAUUAUCCCCAAUCACCCCAAUUAUUUCAUGCUCACCUCAUUCUUCAUCAUCAUUGGCAUGGCAAUAAUGUCCAUGGCUUUCAAGCUGAGCCAGUCACGCAUUGUCAGUUGCUACCGCCGGUUCAUCAAAAUCAUCAGUGGAGGAAACAUGGAGUCUUUUGAAAAUGAACAGAAUGACUAAGUCACUGUGGGUGUCUUUGCUUUGUGUUUAAGAAUUUCAAAGGCUCAGCAUUUUGUUUUUUUUAUGCAGGUCCAAAGCAGGAG